AUGCGCGACGUUGAGGCGCGAAGCAGCCGCAUGUGUCGUCUUCUUGGCGGCGAGAACGUAGGCAAAGUGACCAUCGCGGCCUUGUCGUCGCUGCACACCUGCGUCCACAGCGACGGGUUGCGCAGAAAACGGAGCGGCAACAUCUGCACCGAGAAGCUGCCCGUUGGAAUGGGCACGAGGACGGCCACAGCCGACAAGGGCCCUGUUCGCAAGAGCAAACCCAAGCCGCUCUCGAUCGACAACGCGUUUUGCCUUGCGGCCACCCACGCGACAAAGCCGACGCCGCUGGGUGACGACGAGGACGACCUGCAGCAAGAAGGCAGCGGUCCCGACGACCUCUAG